UGACGUACAACCGAGCCAUGUGAAUACGGAAGCGGGUGGAACUGCCACAUUCACCGUGGAAGCCUCUGGUGAAGGAUUGAGCUACCAGUGGUUUGGUCCUGGCGGGGACGCUCUCACUGACAUUGACGGAGACAUCGAAGGUUCCAAUUCAUCCACCCUGCAAAUCAUCAAUGUUGAGUCUGGCGAUGCUGGAGACUACACGGUCGUUGUGACCAACAGUGCGGGAUCAGUCAUCUCUGAUGCUGCAACCCUGUCUAUCGGCGAAGCCCCCGUGAUUGGGACCCAACCAGAGAAUGUGGACGUUGAGCGGGGUGGGAAUGCCACGCUCAGUGUGGUGGCAACCGGAGAGGGACUGAGCUACCAGUGGUUUGGUCCUGAUGGAGAGAUUGAAGGAGCCACCGCAUCCACUUUACGGAUUACCAAUGCUGGACCAGAUGACGCUGGAGACUAUAGAGUGCGAAUUAUAACUGUCAAUGGAGGAAUUGUCGAUUCUGACACUGUCUCACUUUCCGUCGGCGAGUUCAUCUGAUUUGUGUCUGCAUGUGUGGCGGGCAUGUCCAUGCUUUACUCGUCUUUGUGUACAGGUCCUGCAAUUGACGUACAACCGAGCGAUGUGAAUGCGGAAGCGGGUGGAACUGCCAUACUCACCGUGGAAGCCUCUGGUGAAGGAUUGAGCUACCAGUGGUUUGGUCCUGGCGGGAACGCUCUCACUGACGUCGACGGAGACAUCGAAGGAUCCAAUUCAUCCACUCUGCAAAUUAUCAAUGUUGAGUCUGGCGAUGCUGGAGAUUACACAGUCGUUGUGACCAACAGUGCGGGAUCAGUCGUCUCUGAUGCUGCAACUCUGUCUAUUGCUCAACCUACCCAAAGUCCCACACUUGCUCCUCUGAUCCUGAACUGCAGUGCCGAGUUCCUCGCUGAGUCUCAGCAAGUGAGUGUGAGCUGCACGUCAAGUAGGGACCUCGACGGCUUGGACUUUGAGUGCAGCUUCAAUGAUGAAUCAGUAACAGAAGGAUGUGGACAAUUCCCGUUCUUUGUGUCUGUCGCUGGAGCUUCAGGAAGCCAGACCAUUGUCAUCAGUGCAACCGAUCCAGCGGAUGGAGCUGGUUUCACGUCAACCAUUACAAUCACAACCACAGCCCCUGAAAUUGAGACCCAACCAGAGAGUGUGGGUGUCGAGCAAGGCGGAAGUGCCUCAUUCACCGUGGAGGCCUCUGGUGCAGGACUGACCUACCAGUGGUUUGGUCCUGGCGGAGUGGCUCUGACUGACAGUGACGGAGAGAUUGAGGGGUCCAUUUCAGGAACGUUGACAGUUUUCAACGCUGAGCCUGGCGAUGCGGGAGACUACACGGUCGUUGUGACCAACAGUGCGGGAUCAGUCACCUCUGAUGCUGCAAGUCUGUCUAUUGGUGAGAUUUGAA